AUGACAGACCCCACACCCGUCUCCCCCAUCUCACGAGCGGCUACCUUCCCACAUCAAACCUCUCCUGCGGUUGCAACCCAAACACCACUUAUAGACACUUCCGUACCGGCGAUCAACGCGCAACCGGUGGAGUUAGAUGGCAUACCCAUGGAUCCUCAUGAGCAGGCGCUGAAGCGUCGUGAGACAGGUCAGAGUAGAGUUAGCCCGGCAAUGAAGGAGGGCAUCGAUGCAGAGUCCUUGAGCAAAGUCGGAAAGGGAGAGGGACAGCAGGGGAGUGAGACAAGAGCUGCCAUUCUGGCGACAAGGUUGAAUGACCCAAGUGUCAUUGUUGAACUCCCAAAUGAGCCCACCGCUGAGGAAGUCGAGGUUGCAGAUAGCACGGGCAGGAAGGGCCUGGAAUUACAGGCGUAG